AUGGCCACCGCAGCCGAGGACCCACACCUGGGCUCAGGCCCCAAUGAGGAUGACCUGUCUCUGGCAGGAAGUGAUUCUGAUUCUGACAGCAUCCUGUCUGAUGAUUCGGUGCUUCCUGACUACACACAGGACUUAACAAAUGGGCGUACAGCAACAACUCUGUAUCAAGCAUGCGCCCGGAAUGAAAUCGCCUCUCUGCGGAAAAUUAUGGAGAGAGGAGUCACAAAGGAGGAGGUUAUGGAACUGGAUAUCAAUAGCUGUGUGAGGGUCUCAUUCAUGUUUGUGCUGAUUUUAAGCACAACAAAAUGUUCUGUUUUUGAGCAACAAAAAAAUAAGCAACAGAAGAAGCCUGUUAAAUUUGUAAAAAAAAAAAAAAAAAAAACACUCACACUGAUCUAUACUGUUACCUUUCACCCACAGAAUGGACUCAUGGUGGCUUGCUGCAAAGGUUAUCUGGAUAUUGUGUAUGGGCUUCAUGGCUGUCCCCACUUAGAUAUAAAUCAUCAGGACAAUGAAGGCAACACUGCACUGAUGAUUGCAUCCCAGGCUGGUGAGUCACACCUAUACAACAAACAAAACAACAAAACAAAACAGUGAUCAAAUUUUAUAGUAAAGUACAACAGUAGAGAUGAUCGUUUAUGGCAUUUAGUAACUUGUGGAGACUAAAAUCCAUCAGAAUCUUACAAUAAAAAUCAUAUUUUAUACAAACAGACACAAAUAUCAUCUUCAACUUAGUCUUAUGAGCUGUUCAGUCCUGACUCUCACUUAUUUUUGACACAAUUUCUGAUCUAAUCACUACAUUUUGUGUUUUUUUUUUAAAAUUUCCCCAGGUCAUAUCAGCACAGUCAUGUAUCUGCUUAAUUACUAUCCUGGUAUAGACACUGAAAUCAGAGACUGUCGAGGUUUCACAGCUCUCAUCAAGGCUGCCAUGACGGGCCGUACCGACGUUGUGUCCACCCUGGUUAUGGCUGGUAUGUACACGAGCAAAGACUUGGUUAAUAGAAUUCCCGGUACAAUAAUCCCUGUUUUGUUUUUUUGUUUGUUUUUUUAGAGUUUACAGUUCCUUUGGACUGUUUUAAUUUAUAACUUCUGAACAAUAUUUUUUAUAAUGCAAAAAUACCACAUGGAAAAUUAUAUAUCAUACUCAACACCAAUAUAACACAAGUUGUCUACUGCUUAAAAGAAUAGUAAGUGAAGAAGCUAGGUGAUAUGAUGUAUUAAACUGGCAAAAUUACACCCAUAUCAAUUUAAGAAAUAAAGCUAAGGUGGCUUCAUACAUUUUUUUGAUUGAAAUUAAAAGUCCCAACUUUAAUCACACUAUUGCAUCUUCAUUCAACAGGGUGUAAACCCUCUGAAGUGUCAGUCAUGCAGAAGCCGCUGUACUAUGACAUUAAUAGGCCUUUUUUUUCCGAACCCUUGACCUUAGCUCAUUAACCAGGACUCUUUCAGCUCUACAUGAACAGUUACAGCCCUGGUGGUGAGAAUAGCUGAGCCUGUGGUUUAUCUAUCCAUAUUUGAAGACAGCUAACUUGGUUGGCAAGUGAAUGUGCGAGUGACGCCAGACCGGUUUAAGGGAUCACUCUGAGGACAUUAUCACAUCUUAAUACACUGUCCAGUAGCCUAAUCUCUGAUUUACGAGUCUUGGAGGCUGGGUGUAGAUUAGCAACAAGCAAGGCUAUUUGUAGACUGAAAAUGUUGGUCUUUAAUCUCUACAAGUUAUAGUUUGUUAUUUCACAGCAACAGUUCUUCAUGGAUAAUUUAAUUGAUGUGGUAGUCUGUAGGUAUGCCACACAUUGCACUGGUGACAUUUGAAACUAAUUUUGUUCUAAAACCUUAAUUGCUGCUCUCUCAGUAAUAGUAGAAAGAGCUGAGUGCACAAGGACUUACAGUUGUGAGUGAAAGUCAGGGCACCCCUUUUAAAAAAAGCAUAGUUUAUUUAUUAAAAAAUUAACUUGAUAUUUAUAGUCUCUCUGGUAAAUGGGAAAAAAAGACAAUAUUAUCAGAAAUCAUUAAUGCACAGUUACUUUUUAUUUUAUAAAAAGUACAAAAUUACAAAAAUAAAAAUCAUCUUUUUGGCAUGUGCAAAUGUCAGGGCACCCUGAGAGCUUUAAAGUGUCUGGUCUUUAAAGAUUCUUUUUAGAAGCUCAGACUUUCACCAGCUCGUUAGUCGUGAAGCAGGUGUCAACAAUUCUCAUCAGGGAGCGCCAGCUGGUGCCAAUUUAAGGGGUUUCAACUCCACAAACCUCAUGCAUUCAUCCAGCAACCAUGGGUUCCUCUAAGAAGCUGUGUAAGACAGAAAAAAAUGAAAGUUAUUGAUGCCCACAAUGCAGGGGAGGGCUAUAAGAAGAUAGCAAAGCAUUUCCAGCUUGCAGUUUCCACAGUGCGAGGUAUAAUUAAGAGAUGGCAGGUGAGGGGAACUGUGGAAGACCAAGUAAAACCUCAGAGAGAACAGCUCGUUUGCUGGUCAGGAAAGUAAAUCAAAACCUACAAUUGACUUCAAAAGACCUGCAAGAAUAUUUCGCAGACGCAGGAGUGGUGGUGCACCCUUCCACUGUGUGGCGAUGUUUGAACAAACAAGACCUUAAUGGAAGAGUCUGCAGAAGAAAACCUUUCCUGCGUCCUCAUCAUAAAAUACAACGACAAAAAUAUGCAACAGAACAUCUAGAGAAGCCUGAUGGCUUCUGGAAACAAGUGUUGUGGACUGAUGACGUUAAAAUAGAACUCUUUGGCCACGAUAAGCAAAGGUAUGUUUGGAGAAAAAAGGAACAGCUUUUCAUGAAAAGAACACCUUGCUAACUGUGGAAUAUGGGGGUGGAUCCAUCAUGCUUUGAGGUUGUGUUGCAGCCAGUGGGACAGGAAACAUUGCUCGAGAGGAGGGAAGCAUGGAUUCCUUUAAAUACCAGCAAAUUCUGGAGGCAAAUAUCACAGUAUCUGUAAAAAAGCUGAAGCUGAAAAGUGGAUGGUUUCUACAGCAGGAUAAUGAUCCUAAACAUACCUCUAAACCCACCAUGGACUACCUCAAGAAACGCAAGCUGAAGGUUUUGGAAUGGCCUUCACAGUCUCCAGACUUAAACAUCAUUGAAAAUCUGUGGGUUGUUCUUAAAAGAGCUUUGCAUGCAAGACGACCCAAGAAUAUUGCAGAACUGGAAGCCUUUUGCAAGGAAGAAUGGAGGAAAAUCCCAAAGUAUGGAAUCCAGAGACUUGUAGUUGGCUAUAAAAAGCAUUUACAAGCUGUGAUAUCUGCCAGAGGAGGUCUCACUAAGUACUGAAGGUACUGAUGCUGAAGGGUGUCCUGACAUUUGCACAAGCCAAAAAGAUGAUUUUUAUUUUUGAAAUGUUGUACUUUUUAUAAAAUGAAAAGUAACUGUGCAUUAAUGAUUUCUGAAAAUAUUGUCUUUUUUCCUACUUACCAGAGAGACUAUAAAUAUCAAGGUUAAUUUUUUUAAUAAAUAAACUAUGUUUUUUUUUCAAAGGGGUGCCCUGACUUUCACUCACAACUGUAUGUUGGGGACUGUGUCACAUUUAGGUCUCCAAGACCAAAUUUGAAGUUGAGCUGGUAGCCAGAGAGGUGGCAGUUCACUUCCUAUAGCCACAGCCCCUCAGCAAAGCACUAUUCCCCUUACUGCUUGGGUCACUUCUCUAUGUGCAGAGCCUAUCACUCUGCAUCUGUCCAUUAGAGCAUGUUUGUUGGGUUGUGUUUCAGCAUGUAUUAAUGUAUUUGAGCGCUGAGAGUCUGCGUUUUAUCGUUAAUCAUACUGCUCUUGAAGCGAUUCAGUGAUGCAGCGAUAUCAGAGCAGUCCCUGAUUAGUGAAUUGGUAUCAGCUGUGGGCGUGGUCUGAGACUCGUAGGUUGCCACAGCAACUUGAGCUGGUUGCCCAUGAUGUUAGAGGCACCGCAGGCUGAGGCAGUCACUGGUCUCAAAUAGCAGACCGUGGCCAUUGUAAGGACUUCCUGAACGCUUUGACAUGACAUUGGUGUUUCUACAGUAAAAGUUUGGACAUACUCCCAGAUUAAAAACAGGAGUCCUCUCUGCUUCUCUAAGACAAUCUUUGUAAUGGUGUCAAUGAAGAGCAGAGAGAGCCAUUGCUGCACUUAUAAGCUCAGUGUUUAAAUUCUGUAACUGUCCCCACACACCAAGCACGAGUAAAAUAAUUCGUGCAAUAAAUUACAUGUUAAGUCAAUGUAAAGACGCGAUUAGUACUUAGUACUACUACUCUGGUGGCGUGAAUGAUGUGAAUUGGGUGGAACCUGAUAUGUCUCAACUCGAGCGGAUAUUCAUGUCCCAAAUCAGCACGAAGAUUGCUGGGUGACCAAUAAAAAUGGACGGUUUUUACUGGUAUCUAAAAUGGAGGACAAACUGAUUGUGUCAGAGUGUGGGUGUCCCGAAUUAUAUAUCUAUAUCUUAUUAUAUUUCUUUCAAUUAAAAGGAGCUCGCCUGGAUGAAAACAUCGUUAGAGACAGAACAAGUGUGUCUACAACUGUGAAAAAAAACAUGCGUGUAGUGUGUAAUUUGUGGCUGGAAGAAGCAUGGAAAGAGAAAAGUUUGAGACAAUUUCAUGCGACUUCUCUCACUCUAGCCAAUGAUGUCACCCACUCUGGCAUGAAGAUCCCAUGCAAAAUUAUUAUAACCCAUUAUAAUCUCAAAAUUUUCCAAAAUAUGAUCAUGGUCAUUAAACAGUGAGUGAUCAAAAACUACAAUUUGAAAAACUCCUGCUUGCUCUGUUUUUUCUUGUCCUGUUGACUUUAAAGCAGAAUUUUUCUGUUGUUUUUGGAGAAGUUAAGAAUUAAAAAUUCAUAUACAACGGACAAAAGUAUUAGCACACUGAUCCCGAUCAAACCGCAUCUUUUGAUAUAUAAUUUGUCGUACAACUGUUCAAGCCAUAGGACAAGUUCUGAAUUGAAAUUUGCCCGCAACAGGAAUAAGAAAAAAAAUCCACAGUAUAGCAAUAGUGUCUCGGGGCAAAGAGCACUGGCCCCUAUACCUUUAUAUAGGGGCCACUGCCUUGGUGCGUUUGCCCUGUGGCCCUAACUAUAAAAUCACAGUCUCAUACUCCUCCUCUCCCAUCUUUCUUUCCAGGGGCUGAUAUACAUGCAGUAGACCCCACAAAAGGAAAAUGUCCUCGGGAGUGGGCAUUGAAAACUGGCCGCUAUGAGACUCUGAUUCGUCUCCGCCGCCUUAACAUGCGGCCAAAAGCUGAGCAGUUCUGUGAAAAUUACAUCCCUGAGUGGCCUGAGCUCAAGGAGAGGGUAGCCAAGGCUACAGCAGAGAAAACUACCAGGGAAAAAAUUACCCAGCGGAUCAAAAACACAUUUGGAUUCAGAUUUCCUCGUGACCCUGAGGACAAUGGGUGCCUGGACCACUUUGUACGCAUCACCACUAGUAUCCACAGUCCACUGAUUUCAACUGGAUGCCGUCCACUGUGCCCUACCAGCCCUCCAGAGGUAGGAAAGAGGCGCUUGGCUGUCCCUGAGCUUGUGAAGAAACACCCAGAAAAGGAGUUAGAGGAGAGCUCAGUUUGCCACAGCAAUGGCUCAGUUUCACACAUCAUGCCCACAAUCCAGUCUGCUGAGUCCAUCCCUGCAACAUGCUGCAAUAGUGACCGGCGUGGCAGUAUCCUCUCUCUGGCUUCCAGCAAAGUUGCUUCUACAUUUAUUCCCCGUAGCAUGGCAAGACGAAACAGUGUAUUUCCAUCUGGCUGCAUUCCUCAGAUCAACAUCAAUAGGCCUACAGAAGCAACGCCAAAGAAAGAGAAGAAGAAGAGGAGAAUGGAUAAGGGCUUCCUGGAACCACCAAAGUGGAAGUACAAGGAGGCGAAGGAUGAGAAAAAGAAGGAGAAGCUGAAGGCUGAGCAAGAAAAGGCAGAGAAGGAGAAAAGGGAGAAAAAGGAGAGAAAAGAGAAGAAGAAGGCCAAAAAAUCGUCAAAUUAA